ACAGUGACGAUUUGGUUAUUUGCAAUCUAACCUUCGAAUUCCUAAAAGGUUUUACAAACUGUAGAAACCUUUCGUAUCUUUGGAGAUUUUUCUCGUUACCUUGAAUAACGAUGUUCCUUCCUUGAAUACGUUUCCUAGCUAAAAUCUACGUUUCAUGAUCCCCCUGAACUCUACUAUAUCAUGAUCCCACUUGCGAUAAUUGUAACACGUUUUCAACAUGCUCCGAUAAUUUUGAUAGAUUUAUAUUCGUUCCCUAUCCAUACUGAAUUUAUUUCAGGGUUAAUGGAACAUAGGCAAAGAUAUGACUUGAAAAAUUCGUUAGACGUAUUUAUUUCAUUGGAUAUACAUGAAAGACAAGAAAACUUGAGCUUGCAUAAUACUGCGCAUCACUCAGUGAUGUGCAAUUCUUACCCAUCAGGUUACAUUAUGCCGAGGCAAAGUUCUACCAUACCCUGUUACACGGGUCCAUCGUUGCCUCAAGGUAGGGUUCAUGUGAAUCCCAACUUCAAACCAAGAGUUCCUGGAAUUCAUAUAAACCCUAGGAUAGCAACUAAAUCAGAAGGGAAAAUUCAUGUGAAUCCAAAAAUGAUGAGUAAUUUCACUACUCAAAACCUUGGUAUGUCAUCUACCAAUAUUUCAACGGUCAAAAGUAAUCCUCCCCAAGGCCUAGUGAAGACAAAAAUUGAGCCCUCGGUGCACGUCAAUCCAAUUCUGAUGAAAAAGUUGUCAUUAGCGAGAGAAAAGAUGAAAGAUAUCAACAGACUAAUGCAAAAAACAACAACAGAAUUGAAAGGAUUAAAACCCGAUAACUGUUCCAUAAUCCAGUCAAAGACAAAACUUGUAAAAAAUAAUACUUCUGUAAGUCCAGGUGUAAAGAGAUUAAGCAACUCCAAUCUUGUGUCAUUAUCACGAAGGAAACUUGUAAGAAUAAGAAAACCCAAUAAAACUGGGUCUGUUAUUUCCCCUGCAAGCCUAGGGAAAGUUAGAAGGCUCUCUAAUUCAAAUAUGAAGAAGGCUAAGGUGGCAACCAAGUACAAAUUAGUAAUGGUACCUGCGAAUGUUCCUGGUUCAGCAAAAAAAAAUUCACGCUCCAUUAGAAAUCAACAAGCCUGUAUGAAUAAAUACAAAAUUGAUAGAACUCACAUUGAAAAAGUGAAAAAAAGAUUUUCCAUUGGAAAAGACUCUUAUCCAUCUUCAUCCAAAAGAACCACUAAUACUAUUAAUAACAAAGCUACAGGUUCGACAACUGGAUUAGUCCGAAUAGGAGGAAUAUUAUAUAAAUCAUCAAGAAAUCAAUUAAUCCGAAGCAGUAAUGAUCCACAGCCAUCCAAGAAAAAACGCUGCAUAAUAAACGUUAAAGGUGAUCGAUUUGUGAUGGCCAGCAAUGGUAAGAAACUUCGCAGGUUGAACACGUUUACAGAUCGUCAACCUGGAAAAAUGAGAUCUCCAAACUUUGUAUCUAGAGUUGAUAUUGGUGGGAUGACUUUCGUUGAAAAAACACCAAACAUCUUAGUUAGAGCACAUACUAAGCACAAUAUUAGUAACAAAGCAAAGCAGAGGAGUAUACAAAUCUUGAGAAAUAAGAUGCGUAAAAAUAAUCAGCCAUGUUUGAUCUUCCAAAAGUUCGGCUAUUGUGCCGGUCAGGGAAAGGGCACCUGUCCUAAACUGCACGACAAGAAACAAGUUGCACUUUGUAGAAAUUUCCUACAGGGUAAAUGCUUACUGGAUGACUGCCCAAUGUCACAUGCAGUGUGCCCAGAAAAAAUGCCCACCUGCAAAUAUUUUCUAGAGGGAUGUUGCAUUCGUGAUAAUUGUCCAUAUCUCCAUGUGAAGGUCUCUUCCAAUACUCCUGUAUGUACACAGUUUUUACAAGGAUACUGUCCUGAAGCCAACAAGUGUAAACAGCGUCAUGUGUACUUGUGCCCGGAAUUCGAGAGGUCUGCAAGCUGUGCAAAAGGUAAGUAUUGUCCUUACCCCCACAAGAAAAAUAAUGUUACUGCAAAUAAAAAGUCAAACAAAAUUGCUCCGAGAAAAGUGGCAGUUAAAAACAAGAUCAAAAAAAUAAAGUCAGUACGUUUAGAACCGCCGAUCAAUCCUGAAGACAGAAAAAGAUAUUACGAUGAAGCAGGCAGCUCCAAAGAAAGUCUGGAAAAAAUGAGACAAAAACUUCUCAAUAGCCUUGAGAUAAUGAAACGUAUUAAAACUGCUGAAACAAGUGAGGAUGACAAAGAAUCGCUCAAAACGCAUGAAAACAACGAAGUGUCUCUCAAUGACACUAGUGACAAUAGUGACACAUCUGAUCAAGAACAUACAUGCCCUAAGAGGACUCCACUGGGGCCGCUGCCUGCUUACAUCCCUUUUGAUUAGCUGAUUUACAUUUGCAGUCAAUAGGUCUGAUCUCAAUGCAAAGGUAUGAAAUAUUAAAUCAUCUCACUCGGUAUUGAUAACGUGUAACUGAACUAUGAAAAAUUCAAAAAACCUUGCAAAUUUAAUUCUUUUUCGUAUAUUCAUUAGGGAUUGACGCAACAUUAAUAAAAUUAUUUAGUAUUUAAUAUAUCUUACGGUACUUUUUGUCACGUUUUGUGGUGAGUUUCAUUGACGAUUUUAUUUCCAUCAUGAUUCACCAUGAUUGAAGGCCGCUGCGUAGCUUUACUAUGGGAAAAUAGUAGCCCAUUCUGUGAUAUCUUGAAUUCGAAAUAGGGGUACUAAUAAAAUGAUAUAUAUUUUCUAAUUUGUAAUUUGCACGUGAAUAAAGACCGAAUAAACAAGAAUAUUUGGCAAUAAA